GUCACAUUGACAGUUUUCCAAAAGAAGUUAAUUUUAUAGUAUUAUUGUGUAAUUUCCUAUUAAAAUUGAUGUGAAAAAGUGAUAAACUCCCAUCAAUAAAUCGACUUUUGCUUACCUUAGCAACUGGGUAAGAAUCCGGCAAAAGUGAUACAAAUAACCAAAGAAAGGUUAUAGAGUAAAUGAAGCAAAAAGUCAAACAUUCAAUGAUGAUAUUUCAGCUUGUAAGGAGUAUUCAUACAAGCUUCGCUUGCCGUGCUGUGGAGUCUUCGCUUCUGGCUAAACUUAGAAAGAAGACUGGAUAUACCAUUGCAAAUUGCAAGAAAGCCCUUGAAAUGCAUAACAAUGAUUCUGAAAAGGCUGAGACUUGGUUGAAUGAACAGGCGCAAGCCAUGGGUUGGGCCAAGGCUACUAAGCUUGCCGGUCGGAAGGCUUCACAGGGGCUUGUGGCGGUGAAGUUCGAUAAGCAACACGGUGCGCUGGUAGAGUUGAAUUGUGAAACUGAUUUCGUAGCCAAGAAUGAAAAGUUCCACAAAAUGUUAGAGGAUGCUGCACUCGCUUGUUACAAGAUGGCUCACACUAAUCUACAAUCUAAAGGGCCCAUCACUAAAAUGGAGUUAGACAGUGAACAACUAGGGAAUAUAUCAGUUGAGGGCAAGAAGUUGUCGGAAAUUUUGGCUCUUUUCAUUGGAUCAGUUGGUGAGAACGCCGUUCUUAGACGCGCUGAAUGCUGGAAGGCGAAUAGCAAGGAUGUCCAGAUCACAGCCUACACCCACCCCGCGCCCCCCACUCCCAGUGACUACUCCUGUGGGAGAUAUGGUGCUCUAUUGGCCUACAAACAACCGGCUGACCUUGAUGACGUAGGCAAGCAGAUCUGCCAGCACAUUGUCGGCUGCGCUCCAAAGAAAAUCGGCGACAAGGAAAAAGAUAAGCCCAUAGAGAAUACGGAUGACGAAGUCUGUCUUAUAUAUCAGGAGUAUUUGUUGGACCCGUCAUAUACGAUACAAGAGGUUUUGGAUAAGAACAAAGUGGAGAUCGUUGAUUUUGUGAGGUUCUCGUGCGGGGAAUCCGAUGAAGCUAACUUACCAGGUGUUGAGAAGCAACCGCUGGAAACUGUCCAGACCCUACAGUAGAAGGCCCUAGGUCGGAGUUAAUGUCGAAAGCGUUUGUUAAUUAAAGAAGUUUAUGUUAAUA